AUGAGAGAGGAGCAGGUGCGGAGGUGGAGGCUGAGAGAGGAAGAGGAGGAGGAGGAGGAGCAGCAGCAGAGGAGCGGACUGGGAUACUGCAGCCAGACCAGGACAGUGAAGUCCAAACAGGUGCGCUGGCUCCUGGGCAGAGACGGGGACGUGAGCGUGAUGGUGAUCGGAGAGACGGACGAGUUCAGAGGCUGCAAACUGCUGCAAAACAUCAACAACAGGCUGCGGGGCGAUAAUCUGAAUGGCAUCCAGACGCAGAGAUCAGGAAACCAGGAAGAGGAACCAGGAUAUAACCGGACACACACAGCAGAUGACCUCCUCUUGUCUCCUCCGGUCUCGUCAGAGGAGGACAUGGACCUGAAGGAGAGCGACAGCAGUGACAGCGACUCGGGCUCCGGCACUGAGGCCCCGCCCCUUUACAGGCCACACCCCCGGCUGCACAGAGCCCCGCUGGAGGACGGACCCCUGGACACGCCGGACAGAGAUCUCGUGACGGUCGAGAAGCCGCCGUCUUCCAGCGGUCGCGUGGCCGAGCUCAGAAAAGCCUUUGCCUCCGAUAACUCCGCCCUGUCCUCCUGCUCCAAACCUCCCAUUCCGACCAAACCAGUGCAUCUGCAGAGGCCAACAUGCAUCCACUGA